AUGCGUGCGGCACUGAUGUGGACUAUCAGCGACUUUCCAAGAUUGGGAAACCUAUCCGGCUGGAAUAUGUAUAGUGGGUUAGCCUGUCCUACGUGUAACUUGGAUGCUAAUCCACAUCGGCUGAAAGAAAGUCAAAAAUGGUGUUUCAUGGGCCAUCGACACUUUUUGAAUCAGGGACACAAAUACAGACUAGACUGGAAUAGAUUUGACGGGCAGGUCGAAGGUAGAGAUCCGCCAAAGAAGUUAUCCGGAACAGAUGUAUUGAGGCAACAGUCUAAUGUGCACAUUUCAUUUGGCAAGAGUUCAAGUGUGACAUCCAAAAAAAGACGCAAUGGCCAGGAUACGGAUGGAUAUGACUCGCAUUGGAAGAAGAAUAGUGUUUUCUUUGACCUCCCGUACUGGGAGGAUCAGAUGUUACAUCAUAACCUCGAUGUGAUGCAUAUAGAAAAAAACGUGUGUGACAAUGUAGUCUUCACCAUCUUAAACGAUAGCGGCAAAUCAAAAGAUAAAAUUAAAGCUCGCAGAGAUUUACAAUGCAUGGGAAUAAGGCCUGAAUUAUGGCCAGGGGAAGGUGGUAAAUAUCCUUCUGCGAUAUUUGCGAUGUCGAAUUCACAGAGGGAUGUAUUCUUGAAGACUUUGCAGAAUGUGGUCUUUCCAGAUGGUUACUCUAGCAAUGUUGCUCGUUGUGUUGAUUUGCGACAACGCAAGUUAUCUGGGUUGAAAAGUCAUGACUGUCAUAUUCUGAUGGAACAAUUACUCCCAAUUUUAGUGAAGAAUGCACUUCCGAGUCCGGUGUCCAAUGUGAUUGAAAAUUUGUCGUCAUUUUUUCGAGAACUUUGUGGGAAAGCCAUAAACCCUAUGCAGCUUGUUGAGCUUCAGAAUCAUGUUGUGCAAACCUUGUGUCAGAUGGAAAUAAUUUUUCCUCCAUCCUUCUUCACCGUCAUAGUUCACCUCACCGUGCAUCUCGUUGAUGAGGUUACUCUUGGUGGACCAGUACAUUAUAGGUGGAUGUAUCCAAUAGAAAGGUAUUUGGAUAAUAUUGAGACUAGAAUCAACCGACCAAGGCGAGUUGAUGAUGAGCCUGUUGAUGUUCUUCAUAAUUCAGGGGAGAGUUCUUUGGAAAGUACGCUUCAAUCGAAAGACAUGAAGUUGCUUGCGUGCGGUCCCAUGAUUCAGGCCAGACGUUUUGGGGCGUAUAAUGUUAACGGGUACAAGUUUAGAACUAUCUCAAAGAAAAACGGGAUGAAAACACAAAAUAGUGGAGUAUAUGUAUCAUUUAAUACAAGAAGUUAUGCAAGUAUGCGUGAUAAUAGAGUGGCUGUUGGUGGUGUUCCGUAUUACGAAAAAAUUGUAGACAUAAUUGAAUUAAAUUAUAGCUGUUCCUUUACAGUGGUAUUGUUCAAAUGUGUUUGGGCUAAUACCACUACCAGUAGAGGCAUCAAACAAGACCAUUUGGGGCUUACCAGCAUUAAUUUCUCUCGUCCAAUACACACUGGUAAUCGUGAAGAAGAUGAACCGUACAUAUUGGCAUCAGAGGCUCAGCUUGUAUACUAUGUGGAUGAUGAAGUAGCUAAAUAA